ACAUCCCAGGCGGUUGAAGACGGUACUUCGCUUGCUGUAGUUCUUCAGCUGGCUGGCAAAACCGACAUCCAGCUCGCACUCAAAGCCUGGGAGAAGCUUCGCUAUGAACGUGUCCGUCAAGCGCAGCUGGUUGGCAAGGAGCUGCGCAACCGAUGGCACCAGACUCGGCCCGAGGAUAGGGGCCCAAUGCUAGAUAUCCCGAAUCCGGAGUGGUUGAUGGGUUUUGAUGCAGAGACAAACGCGUAUAGCGAGUAUGAAAGGCUUGUGCAAGAUGUUCGAGCGUCCAUACCUGACUCAAGCUACCACGAAUAUCCAGCGCAUCUCAAGCCCGCCCCUCACGUCUACAAACCCUCUCUAGCUCGCCUAGCCCGUGCGUGUAAGUCAUUCGAAGAUCCUGCUCUCAAUGUACUGCACGAAGAAAUCGACUGUUUUGCUGCGCUUCUCACUUGCCUGCCUGAGGAUCUAUGGACUGUGGAGGGACCAUGGCUCCGGCUUACAUUCCACCGUGAACUGCUCGAAACGGACUGGGAUAUCUUGGCAAGACACACUGCGCGCGUGCGGAUACUGCACCAGGGCAGUAGAGAAGAAGAUCACGGGAAGUUCCCUCCGUGGCCCGAGGUUUGGGAGGCUUUGAAUCUCUGUCCUAUACCGGUUCUCUUCCCUAGGUUGCAUACGCUCAACUGUUGGAUGUGGACACCAGAGCACGUCUUGUGUGGGCGAUACCUCUUCGGUCCUCAGCUUCGCAACAUCCGCUUCUCGAUGACUACGGGGGAACUGCUGGAAAGGAUCCCUGAUCUAGCGACACUGUGCCCGCUACUUGAAUCCAUUGAACUUGGCACGGUUCUUGACCAUCCUUCCCUAUCGUUUACCAGCGACGCGUUCACUAACGUGGUGCGCCAGUACCCUUGUCUACGAACCUUGGAUCUGGGACGAAUGGUGGUUCUCCCCGGCGAUGUUAUGCACUCUCUUGCCCAGCUCCCGACUUUCCGACAUCUGCGUGUGCUCGUUCUCGAAAGCUCUGAUUGGAUCUAUCAAGAGACUCGCGUGGGGCUUCGUAACCUCCAUAGCCUCGCUCUGGAUGCGCAAAACUGGGAUGUAGCUACCAUAACGGUGAAGCUUCUUCUUGGAGACGACCUGCACACCGCUCGUGUGCGUCUUAGUAAGCUAGACGUGACGUGUUAUAACUCUCCGACCCUCCGCGGGCUCUCCGCAUUCCUCGGCGCUCUGGUUGACUGUAUCUCACCUCUGGAUGUUACAAGGCUAACUCUGCUUGUUGUCCGCGUAUCCGAUUGUGACUGGACUCAGCUCUUGGCGCUGUCGCAACUGCGUAACCUGACACGGGUAUCUCUCCUCAUGAGACCGAGCGACAGCACUGAGUUUAUGUCUCUCAGCGGCGAUUCCCUAUACACUUUGGUCCGCGGCUGGUUACUCCUCGAGCAUCUGACCAUUGGGUACGGCUUUUCGCCGAUACCGCUUCGCAACUUCGUCACUGUACUUUCUCUCUGCCCGCGCAUCAAAUCAGCCAACAUAGAUGUCGACGUGUGCAAUGAUCCCGAUGAUGUCAUCGCUCUCGCCGCAGAGGGAUAUCUGGGAGUACGAAACGAAUACAUCAAGAUGCUGCAGCUCGGUCCUCCUCGAAAGCUCGAUGCCGGCCGAGGCGUUCCCGACAUUGGUCUCAUGCGCUCGGUCUUCGCUCGUUAUCCUAUCGUCUCCGUCUUGCAUCACCUUUUCCCGAACUUAAACGAGUUCGAACAUCAUUUCGGUGUCAUGCCGCCUCCGGGAAAGAGUGUAUGGGCUGCCGUAGAAGCAGAACUCGAGGCAAUGCGCGGACUGGAUUGA